AUGGACGACGAGGGUUCGUUGGAGAUCGAGGAGGUCCUCGCUCGUCUUAACCGAGGAGAAGACAUGCCCAGUGGCGAGACCCAAGGGCCGGAGCUGAGCCAAGACGAAGGUGGUAGCUGCCGGAGCGAGGUUAACUCUGACCGAUUGGGAAAACAGAUUAACGAAGUCACAUCAUCGGGUAUGUUUGCUCUGGACGGGCCGCCAGAUAUACCCGAUGUGGAGAAGCUCUUGUUUGCCUGCAAUGCAGUGAACGGGGAUGUGGCGGCUGGGGGAGGCAAAGCCGGCCCGACAACACGAGUGGAAUCGGCGGAGAGACGGCCAGGGCUUGCUGACGGAUGUGAGCCAUACAUUCACGUUUCUCGGGGCGACGAAUUCGCCGACACAUUUGAUGCCUCGUUCUUCGCGAAGACGUUCCCCACGCUAUUGCCCUUUGGCGUCGGGGGGCCACGGUUGGUGGAAGAAGCCGCCCUAAGCGUGGGAAGAGGUGCCGAUAUGGGCGGAGCAGAGGUGGCGGCGCAAGACCUCGUCUCUUCCCGUAACAUGAGUCUGCGAACAUGGGCCGAUAUCACGCUCCGGCGCCAUGUCGAGGAACCGUCGCGUCAGCAUGUUAAGCGUAACGAGGAAAGAUUUCCGCAAGAUAGAGCGUAUUAUACGGUUGCUCUCGGCAGACAGGUUAGCAGCAGCAAGGAUUGA